UGCCUAUGAGUUGGGCAAAGAAUUUAGUAAGUGGGUGGAUGAAUUCAAACAUGAUCAUGUUUUACUACAAUCAUUUACCAAAGAACGAGAAGAAAUGUGGAGAGCACGAUUAAGGGAGUUGGUGGAAAACCCACGACCUCUAAAGGCAUCACAAAAUUUGCUUACUAGCAAAUGCCUUGAUGAUACCAGACAAAUAGGAAUGAAUGUCGAUAAUAAAAUCGGAACAAGUAAUGACGCAUAUAUUACUCGUCAAGUUGACUUAUCGCUCACUCCUGAAUCGUAA